AUGAAGUUCACCUCUGUCAUCGGCGCUCUUGGCGCCUCGAAUCUACUAUUCACAAGCGUAGGCGCCGUUGAACUGGACAUCAACUCGCCAGACUCCAUCAAGCAAGCCGCCAAGGCAAUUUCUGCAAACCUGCGGUCGUACUAUACCGGUGACAAUGUAGGCGACACACCAGGCAACCUUCCAGACCCGUACUACUGGUGGGAAUGUGGCGCCAUGUUUAAUGCCCUCAUUGACUAUUGGUAUUACACUGGAGAUGAUACGUACAACAAGAUCAGUACACAGGCUCUAGAGGCUCAGAUGGGACCAAACCAAGCUUUCAUGCCUGACAAUCAGACCAAGACGCUCGGAAACGAUGACCAGGCUUUCUGGGGAAUGGCCGCCAUGGCCGCUGCGGAGAACAAGUUCCCCGAUCUUCCCGACGGCAAGCCUUCUUGGCUGUCCCUUGCACAGGCCGUCUUCAACACCCAAUACAAACGCUGGGACUUGACUACUUGCGGUGGAGGACUGAGAUGGCAGAUUUUCAGCUUCAACAACGGAUACAACUACAAAAACACCAUUUCCAACGGUUGCUUCUUCAACAUCGCCUCGCGACUAUACAAAUACCUUGGUAACGACACAUACGCCGACUGGGCUGAGAAGGCUUGGGACUGGGAGCUUGCCGUAGGACUCAUGAGCCAGGACUACCACUACUACGACGGAACCGACGACACGCAGAAUUGUUCCACCAUUAAUCACAUCCAGUGGACAUACAAUGCUGGUAUCCACAUGGCCGGUGCUGCCGCCAUGUGGAACGUGACACAAAACGACAAGUGGAAGACCAGAGUCCAGGGCAUCAUCGACGGAGUGAGCGUUUUCUUUGUAAACAAGGUCAUGUCCGAAGUCGCCUGUGAAAACAACGGCAAGUGCGAUGUGGACCAGCGCUCUUUCAAGGCUUACCUUGCACGUUCCAUGGCAUACACAGCUAGCGUUGCACCUUGGACCAGUGACCAAAUCAAUCCUUAUCUUCAGACAUCGGCUCAGGCUGCUGCUAAGCAGUGCACCGGAGGUGCUAACCAGACUUCGUGUGGGCUCAAGUGGACCACCAACGGUGUCAACGACGGCAGCUUUGGCGUUGGUGAACAGAUGGCGGCUCUGGAGGUUGUACAAUCGCUGCUGUAUCCGUCAGUCAGCGGUCCUGCGACGGCGGAAAAGGGUGGUAUCUCCAAGAGCAAUCCUGACGCCGGUGACACUUCAUCUGAUACACCCAUCAAGUUCGAUACUGUCACCACUGGCGACAAGGCUGGUGCUAGUAUCUUGACCAUCUUGGUCCUGGUGUCUAUUCUUGUUGGUGCCUGGUGGAUGGUUUCAUAA